AUGACCAAACAGCCGGCCAAUGCUCCUACCGGUUUUAAACCGUUGCACCAGCCGGAGGGAGCGGUGGGAGUUUCAACAAACAAACCGUAUAAUGCCCUUAACCAAACGUCCGCCGCUUACCCGGCCCCUCAGCCAGCACCAUCCAACGAGAGCAAAACUUUCUGUCCCACGGAAAAUAAACCGGGAGAAGUCAGUAAAGUCUAUGGAACAUUUAAAAAUGCCGCUCCGGCGGUGCCUGGAUCCGUGGCUGCGAACUCGGCCUUACGUAAGGAUUCCACCAGCUCAGUUGGUGGUUCUGCUGCCCGGGUUGUCCCUGUCCAGUGCGGGGACCCGCUUAAAGCUACCGGGGAUCACAACAAUGCGUCGGGCAACUGGACCACCAUGAGUCAGACCACCAUCAUUCUGGGCGCAGAUGGCAACACGUCUGUUCAGCCCGGCGCGGUGACGGGGGUAAGUUCCCAGGAGGACGAGAGUGGAGAUGAGAAUAAGGCCAGGGGAAACUGGACUAAUAAAUUGGAUUUCAUCCUGUCCAUGGUUGGUUAUGCCGUGGGACUGGGAAACGUGUGGAGGUUUCCAUACCUUGCCUUCCAAAAUGGUGGAGGUGCUUUUUUGAUCCCCUACCUGAUAAUGUUGUGCCUCGCCGGGAUCCCUAUCUUUUUAUUGGAGGUUUCCCUGGGUCAGUUUGCCAGCCAGGGCCCCGUGUCCGUGUGGAAAGCCAUCCCGGCUCUGCAAGGUUGCGGGAUUGCCAUGUUGAUAAUAUCUGUCUUGAUAGCCAUAUACUAUAACAUUAUUAUGUGCUGGACACUGUACUACCUGUUCGCUUCGUUGAAGGGCUCACUGCCAUGGGCUAACUGUAAGAACGAGUGGAACACGUUGGACUGUAAGGACAAAGACAUGCUUCUCUUAGACACGUGCAUCCUCCAUGAUAAAAACAUCACCUCUGUAAAGAACAGCUCGUUCUGCCUGUCGGCUCAAGCCAUUGGAAACCUGACCAAACUGGUUAACAUGACCUAUCCGGAUAACAAAACUUACGUCAGCCCCAGCGAGGAGUACUUCAAGUAUAAUGUCUUGCACAUCUCCAAAGGGAUAGAGUACCCUGGAGACAUCCGCUGGCCCCUCGCAGGCUGCUUGUUGCUGGCCUGGUUGAUAGUCUACCUCUCCCUGGCCAAAGGAAUCAAGUCAUCAGGGAAAGUGGUGUAUUUCACAGCUACGUUCCCCUAUGUGGUUCUGGUCAUUCUGUUGUUCAGAGGAGUGACCCUCCCAGGGGCUGGUGACGGCAUCCUCUACUUCAUCACACCCAAGUGGGAGAAACUCAAUGAUGCUAAGGUGUGGAAGGAUGCUGCCACCCAGAUCUUCUUCUCUCUGUCAGCAGCCUGGGGAGGCCUCAUCACACUGUCUUCUUACAACAAGUUCCACAACAACUGCUACAGGGACACCAUCAUCGUGUGCAUAGUUAACAGUGCCACCAGUAUAUUCGCUGGGUUCGUCAUCUUCUCCGUCAUUGGAUUCAUGGCCCAUGAACUGAAGGUGCCCAUUGAGAAGGUGGCAGAUGAAGGUCCAGGCAUAGCAUUUGUGGUGUACCCGGAGGCUCUGACCAGACUUCCACUCUCUCCAUUCUGGGCCAUCAUAUUCUUCCUCAUGCUGCUGACCCUCGGCUUGGAUACCAUGUUUGCCACCAUUGAGACCAUAGUGACGUCGGUGUCAGAUGAGUUCCCCCAGUAUCUGAGAAAGAACAAGCCUCUGUUCACGCUCAUCUGCUGUGCCUGUUUCUUCUUCCUGGGAUUCCCUAUGGUCACAGAGAAUGGGAUGUACAUGCUCCAGUUGGUGGACACGUAUGCUGCCUCUUACUCUCUGGUCAUCAUUGCCAUCUGUGAGCUAAUCGGAAUCUCCUACUUCUAUGGCCUGCAGAGGUUCUGCGAGGACAUUGAAAUGAUGAUUGGCUUCCAACCAAACCGCUUCUGGAGAAUCUGCUGGGCCUUUGUGACUCCAACCAUUCUGACUGGUAUCCUGGGGCUGAGUCUAUACCAGUGGAAGGUGAUGACCUAUGAGGACUACACCUACCCCCCCUGGUCCAUGGUGAUGGGCUGGCUGAUGGUGGUGUGUUCCGUCAUCUGGAUCCCAAUCAUGUUUGUCAUCAAAAUGUACUUGGCCCCAGGCAGCUUCAUGGAGCGUCUGAAGCUGGUGUGCUCCCCUCAGCCCGACUGGGGUCCCUUCCUGGCAAAGCACAGAGGGGAGCGCUACAAGAACAUGAUGGAUCCCCAUGGAUCCAACUCCCUGGGCCUCAAACUGCCCCCGAAAGAUUUCCAGCUGGGCACCUACCAGUAGCAGCCUCCACUACUACCACCACCACCACUUUAGCAGGGGCACCGGGGGAGAGAGAGAGCAGCAGCCUACCACUGCCCUCUCCUCCACCUAUUCCUUCUCUUUUUCCUGUUCUCCACUUCACUUCAUCUCUCCUUUCCUUCCUCUUUCCAUUCAAUGUGGGUGCGAGAAAAGCAAGCCAACACAUCCUCCACUUCAUUUCCCGGUUCUACUCUCCUGCUCCCUUCUUCUUUCUCCUCCACUCUAUAGCAAAGUGGGGCUGCCCUCCUCUCCAACAUUGCUUUCUCUGGCAGGCACCCAUACCAUACCCUGCCCUUUCUCUCCCUAACCCCUGACCUGAGAAUGGUCUGUCCUCUGCCUCCUGCCCAUGCACAGCCAUUACUCCAGAACCCUUUCUUUCUGAGGGGAUCUCUAUUCCAAAAGAAAAAAUGUGUACUGUGUCACAAUGUUGCAAUGGCAAUAUUCGACUGCACAUGACAAAAAAAUAUAAUCAAAUUGUAUGUGUCACAUGCUUCAUAGACAACAGGUGUAGACUAACAGUGAAAUGCUUACGGGUCCUUUUCCAACAAUGCAGAAUUAAGGAUAAAAAAAUGUAAUAGAAAUAGUGACAAGGAAUAAAUACACAGGGAUUAACGUAUAACAGUAACAAGAUAAAGUAAAAUGGCUAUGGAGGAAACGUACCAUCGAUGGGUAUGAGGUAAUUGAUGAAGAUUUGUAUAUAUAGGCAGGGGUAAAGUGACUGUGGCAUCAGUAUGCAUGUGUGCGUGUGUUAUGUGUGUGUGUGCACAUGUAGUGUGUGUGUGUGUGUCUGUGUGUGUUGGGGUGCCAGUGUAAGUAUGUGUGAGUGUGGGUAGAGUCCAGUGUGUGUGCAUAGCCAGUGCAAGAGUCACUGCAAGAGAAUUAGUGCAAAAAAGGGUCAAUGCAGAUAAUCCGGGUAGCCAUUUAGCCGUCUUGUUCAUCAGUCUUAUGGCUCGGGGCUAGAAGCUGUUCAGAGUCUUGUUGAUUCCAGACUUGAUUGAUUCCAGACGGUAACAGUGCACUGUUACUGCUUUCCGUGUGGAAGCAGAGAGAACAGUGUAUGGCUUGUGUAAAGUCUUUGACAAUUUUUUUAUCCUUCCACUGACACCGCCUGGUGCAAUGGUCCUGGAUGGCAGAGAGCUCGGCCCCAGUGAAGUACUGGGCAGUACUCACCACCCUCUGUAGCGCCUUGGGGUCGGGCGCCUUGCAGAUGCCGUACCAAGCAGUGAUGCAGCCAGUUGAGGUGCAGCUGUGGAACUUUUUGAGGAUCUGAGGGCCCAUGCCAAAUCUUCUCAGCCUCCUGAUGGGGAAGAGGCAUUGUCGUGCCCUCUUCACAACUGUGUGGGUGUGUGUGGACCAUGUUAAUUCCUUAGUGAUGUGUACACAGAGGAACUUGAAGCUCUCGACAUCUCCACUACAUCUGGACUACUCCUUAUGGAGUGUGUGUGUGUGUGUGUGUGUGUGCAUGCGCGUGUGUGUGAUUGUUUUAUUAUUCUAUCUUUGUGUAUAGUGAUAAUGAAAACUUCUCCACAAACAAAAAGGCACAAAAAUACAAUUGACAGACUGAGAAACAUUGGUAUUCAUCAGACUCUGACCUAUGGCACAUUAUGAUAUAUAUAAUAUUUUUGCUUUUAUAAAAUAGGCAAUACAAUGUAAAUUAAACUAACUGCCUAGAAAUGAUGC